UCACCGCGUGCACGAGCCUGUUUGAGCCUCUCAGUGCACGUGAGAUUAGGCAGCUCUCAGCUGGCGGGCGGUGAGCGCGAGGACACCGGGGAGAGUGAGAACACCCGCCGCCGCUGCUGCUUCUCCUCCGGGAAGAUGCCACUGAUGAGUCCGACCCGAGAAACCAGGAGCUAACGCACCGAACCGAACCGAACCGAACCGGCUGGAUGUUGAGUCUUCAAAUUUCACUUGGGACGGCUGAUUGGAGAUAAAAAAUAAAAAAAACCAGGGACAGGUGUCUGCUGCUCGACCCCUUCACCUAUUUUUGUUAUUUGUUUUUGUUUGUUUUAUUUUAUUUCCGGAGCCAUGUUGUGGACACGAUGGCUCGUCCUGCUGCUCUGCUGGGGGGCCACCGGUGGCGAGCAGCAGGCGGAGGAGAGGGACGGGGCCCGGGGUGAGGUCAGGUCGGACUCCCGCAGACAGCGCUCCCCUCCGCCGGUGGAGCCGCUGGACUUCGGGUUUGUACCGCCGGCUCUUUAUCAAACCCACGCUUACUACGAGCCUGGGACCAUAGGCAUCCUUUUCCACGUGGUCCACGCGUUUCUCUACGUUGUUCAACCGAACUCCUUCCCCACAGAUCUUAUUGUAAAAGUCAUUAAGCAAAACAUGGGAGGACUCAAAAUAGAAGAAUGGAGAAAGCCAGAAAACGUYGUCCUGUUGCUACAGUGGCUCCAUUACGAGGCCGGGUUCCUAAUAUGCGCCAUCACCGGCAUCGUGUUUGUGGUCUUCACGCCCAUCAUCGCCGCGUGCUUCUGCAUGUGUCGAUGCUGCGACAACUGCGGAGGCGAGAUGCAUCAGAGGCAGCGGAAGAACGCCGACUGUCACAGAGGCUUCUUCACUGCCUCGCUCGUCACCACCACCAUCUUCAUCAUUGUGGGAGUAUUCAUCGCCUACGCCGCCAAUCACAACAUCACAUCCCAGAUUAAAAGCACCCGACGGCUCAUAAACACCAACAUGAGGGACCUGAAGUUGUUUGCUAACAACACCCCUGCGCAAAUUGAGUACCUGACAGCUCAGUACACCACUGCAAAGAACAAAGUCCUGUCAGACCUAGACAACAUCGGACCUCUACUCGGUGCUCGGAUCCACAGCAAUCUAGAGAAAGAGGUGGUUCCUGCUCUGGAUGCUGCCCUUCUCAUGGCAGGAGCAAAAGUUGAGAGUGCUAUCAAAGCCAUGCGGGAGACCAAGGAGGCCCUGGAGAAUGUCAGUUCCUCGUUGGAGAUCCUUCAGGAGGGGAUGGGAAAACUUCAGGCCAGUCUGGCAGGGGAGCGUGCCUCUCUGUCCAACACCCUGUCAGACCCAGCAUGCACCAACGGAGCCGUGUCCCAAACCUGCAACAAUAUCCGCUCCAUCCUGCCUCAGCUGGGAGUCAACGCUGACUUCUCCAAGCUCCCAAAUGUUGGAAACGCCUUGGCUAACGUCAAUACCGUUCUGAAAGUGGACCUCAGUAACAUUGUUCAAAAAGGUUAUGCGUCUUUUAACGACACACCGGUGCUGGUUAAAGAUCAAACCAAAAACAUUGUGUCAGCGCUGCCUCGAGUAAAAGGAAUGCUGGACAAGAUCGGCAGUGAAAUAACGGCCUUCUCCAAGAUGUUCCCAGUGGAAGCCUCUCUCGYCAAUUUCACCAUUUUUCUCAACGAGCGACACAAUCGCAUUGAGUCACUUUACCCCCAGAUUGACCAAAUGGAUUUCUACAGGUGGAUUGGGUGUGUGGCAGUGCUCUGCUCCGUCGUCCUGGUUCUGGCGUUCAACGUGCUCGGCCUGCUCUGUGGCUCCUGUGGAUACGACAAGCAAGCUACCCCCACAACCCGCGGCUGCUUGUCCAACACCGGAGGAAACCUGCUGAUGGCUGGGGUGGGUUUCUCGUUUAUCUUCGCCUGGGUCCUAAUGGGCCUCGUGACGACCCUGUUUGUUGUUGGAGGAAACGUGGAGAAGCUGAUGUGUGAACCUCUGGCUAACCGACAGCUGUUCAGGAUCAUCGACACACCGUUCCUGAUUCAUCCUGAAAAGAGGAAUUUCCUUCCUGGGAUGCUGUUUCAGAAUCCAAACAUCGACUUGACACUAGGUACCAUGUACAGGGAAUGCCACGACAACAACGGUCUGUAUCACGCUCUGCAGCUGGAGAACAUCUUCAACAUUAACUCUUUCCUGAACAGAACUGUGUACAACAAAGAUCUGGCCAAAGUGUUUGAUGGCGUGCAGGUGGACCUGAAGGAUGUGGCGCUGCUGGAGCAGGCCGGCAGAGACAACCUCAUCAACUUUGCCAACUCUGGAGUCGGAGAUAUCGACUAUCCUGCUUAUCUUGCUGAGCUGAAUAAGGGGAUGACCAUCGUGGAUCUGCUGUCCUUCUGUUCUGACCUGGAGGAGAGGGCCGACCAACUGCCGCGAGGCGCUCUGGAAAAUGCGCUGAAAGGACACGCCAGCAGCAUCAGGUUCAUCCACAGAGAACAUGUGGUGCCUCUGGAGCAAGCGAUGAAAUAUGUUCGGGCGCGGAGCACUCUGAGUCAGAGCAUCAAACAGCUGCAGAAGACCUCCACCGACCUGCCAGUCAAAGUGGCAAACAUCUUGAGUGCCAUUGAUGCUGCAGAGUAUCUCAUUCUUAAUAAUGCCUCUUUUGUAGUAAAACAGGAAACAAAGAGCUUUGUGCAGAGUUUGGUGGGAUACUUCCGACAGUACACACAGUGGGUUAAAAACUCUCUAACAGCGGAGGUGGCUCAGUGUAAACCWAUCAGYAACCUUGUGGACAGCAUAGAGAUCGUAGCCUGCAGCUUCAUAGUWGACUCAGUGAACACGUUCUGGUUUGGUUUGGGAGGUUGCUGCAUCCUUCUGAUCCCUAGCAUCAUUUUCUCYGUCAAACUGGCCAAGUACUACAGACGGAUGGACACGGAGGACGUCUUUGAAGACUCUCCUUACAAUGACACUCUGAACUGGUUCCCUCGGGCCUCUGCACCACCAAGCGACUGGUGACCUUCAGGAUCUCCCUUCUUUGUAGAGCGGACAGGAGAACUGGAACUGAUCGGUUCUGUCAGGGGGUUUGGAAUUGUCACUUUUUAAGMUCUUCUAACACUUUAACUAAAGCAAAGAAAAUCCACCAGGAGCUUUGAGAUGGAGGACAAUUCAUUCAGCCUGCAUGUCAGGGCCCCUGAUAUGGUCCACCAUCCAGCACCUCCAGCAUUUUAGUCUGUGCAUCRUUUAGAUUAAGUUGUAAAGGAAGAAUUUGAACAUUAUCUGGUGAUAAAACUGUACAAUUUUUACACUAUCAAAACAUCUUAAGGUUUUAUAUAUAAAUAUAUACAUAUUGUUUUUGUUUGUUUGUUUGUUUUCUAGAAGUAGUUUUUUUCCUGUGGAUAUUUGUAUCAUAGCUCACAUCAUUUUGGUGAUUAGGUAGGUUUUCAGGGAGAAAAACAAAUGUUUCUUACUCAUUUUUAAAGCAGAUACCACUGUUGCAUCAACUCUAGAGGCUCAGACGAUCAAUUAGGCACAUUUGUAAAACUGAUCUUUCUAUAUUAAUAUGAACAAAGGAUGAUUUUACAAAAAAAAAAAAAAAGCGUGAAUAUUUCAAAUGUUGACCCCCUAAAUGUUCCAGCAAGAGUCUGAUGAAUCAAAAAAAAAAAAAAGCUUAAAACUUUUCUUUUUCUCUGAGCACCAGAACUUUUUUGUGGUUUGUCGAAGUACUGCUCAGACAUUUCACCAAAAGCCUGAAAUACAACCUGGUGCUGCUGAAAACGUAAUGGGAUACGCAAAGCCAGUGUGAUAUAUGCUAAUAUAAGUUGAAACCAUUCAGUUAUUCUUCUGUUUUAAAUGUUUUUUAUAAUUAAAUUGUGCUAAACUGCAAACAUCAGGCAAUAUUUAGUUAUCUUUUACCCCGGGAUUAAUAAUCUAUUCUUUAAAAACACCCAUUGAUUUAAUUGGCAGCUUUUUUUGACUCCAGAUUCCCAUCUUGAGACACUGGAGUUCAGCGUUCACCCUAAUGUUUCCACAACAAGGUUUUUAAGCUGCUAACACACAAAAUAUGAAUUAUCCAGCAGAAUAAUACUGAAGGCUGAGGUCUGAGUGACACAUAAUCCAUGUUGGAGUUAAACCGUGAAUAAACAUUUCUGUCCAACGCAACUUUGUUCUGUUUGUUUUUCAAAAACAUUUGUGAAUAUUAAAAGAUARCCAUCAA